UUUCUGACCCAGAUUCCUGCAGCUGUAAAUGAGGAAGCCUGACUUCUCCAUGGAUGUACGGAACCCAUAGGGGGAGACACCAUUCCUGCAUUAACCCCACCCCCCCCCCUACAGAGGAGCCUGCUGCCAUGUGGAGCUGAUACUGUCCUACAGCCUGCCCACAAGGUCUGUGGAUUCCCAGGACUACCAUGCCCAAUUCCCCACCGCCUGAGCCUGCCCCGAGACAGACGCGCCCCUCCGGAAACUCAACAUGCCCCCCACACCCCAAAACACCGCAUUGUCCCACCCCGAGACAGACGCGGCCCUCCAAACUUCACCCCGCCCGCUCCCGCUGGGUCAGUGCGCAUGAGGCUCCGCCCCCCUCCCGGGCCCUGCUGUGGCUGGUCCUGCUGGGGGGCGUGUCCCUGCUGGCCCCGCCCGUUUCGGGGGGCGAGACGUGGGGCGUGGUGUCCAUGUGCCCGUCCCACUGCGUGUGCCGAAACCUGUCGGAGUCCCUCAGCACGCUGUGCGUCAACAAGGGCCUCCUCUUCGUCCCGCCGGACAUCGACCGGCGCACCGUGGAGCUGCGGCUCGCCGACAACUUCAUCCCGGAGCUGGGCGCCUCCGACUUCUCCAACAUGAGCGGCCUGGUGGACCUGACGCUGUCCCGCAACACGCUGCACAGGCUCCGCCCCCUGGCCUUCUCCGACCUGGAGAGCCUGCGCUCGCUGCACCUGGACGCCAACCGGCUGACGGGCGUGGGCCCGCGGGACCUGGCGGGGCUGCCCAACCUGCAGCACCUCAUCCUCAACAACAACCAGCUGAGCGCCAUCGCGCCCCACGCCUUCGCCCACUUCCUGCCCACGCUGGAGGACCUGGACCUGUCCUACAACAACCUGCGGGAGGCGCCGUGGAGCGCGCUGCGCAGCAUGGCCAGCCUGCACACGCUCAACCUGGACCACAACCUGAUCGAGCGCAUCCCCGCGGGCGCCUUCCGCGACCUGGCCCGGCUGGGCCGCCUGGACGUCACGUCCAAUCGGCUGCGCACGCUGCCCCCGGGCCCCGCCCCCCAGCCGCCCGUCAGCGGGCUGAGCUUCGGCGGGAACCCGCUGCACUGCAACUGCCAGCUGCUGUGGCUGCGGCGGCUGAGCCGCACCGACGCCAUGGAGACGUGCGCCACGCCCGCGCACCUGGCCGGCCGCUACUUCUGGGCGCUGGCGGAGGCGGAGCUGGCCUGCGAGCCGCCGCUGAUCUCCCGCCACACGCCGCUCCUCUGGGUCCUAGAGGGUCAGCGGGCCACGCUGCGCUGCCGCGCCCUGGGGGACCCGCCCCCGCUGGUGCACUGGGUCGCCCCCGGCGACCGCGUGGUGGCCAACUCCAGCCGGGUGCGGGUGCACGGCAACGGGACGCUGGACGUGCUGGUGGCCCGGCCGCGGGACGACGGAGCCUACGCCUGCAUCGCCGUCAACGCGGCCGGCGAGGCCAGCGCCGCCGUCCGGCUGCACGUCGUCCCGCUGCCGCAUCACCACGGCAACCGCAGCGCCCCCCCGCCCCGCGAGCGCGAGCCCUCCGACAUCAGCGCGGGGAGGGGCGGGGCCGGCGGGCCGGGGAACGGGACGGCGGGCGAGGAGGCGGGGCCGGGCGGACCCGCCGGGGGCCGGGUCGGGGUGCUGGAGGUCACCGCCACCACCGCGCAGGUGCGCUGGUACCUGGGCGGGGCGUCGCUGGAUUACCUGCCCUGGAUGUACCAGAUACAGUACAACAGCACCGCAGACGAGACCCUCAUGUACAGGAUCCUGCCCCCCAGCAGCAGCAGUUUCCAGCUGAAGAACCUGGUGUCUGCGGCUGACUACAGCCUGUGCGUGCUGGCGGUGUUCGACCAGGGCGCGGCCUCCCUCUCCAGCACGCGCGUCCUGGGCUGCGCCGCCUUCAGCACCAAGGACGACUUCCCGCGCUGCCGCACGCUCCACGCCCACUUCCUGGGCGGGGCCCUCAGCGUGCUGGUGGGCGGGGCCGUGGUGGUGAUGCUGCUGGUGUUCACCGUGGCGACCAUGGUCCGGCACCAUCAGCAGCAGUGGGUCUGCGGUAGUCACGGCGACCGCGGCACUAGCCACGGAGCCGGGGGCGGAGUCGGGGAGGGGGACGUGGAGGGGGCGGGGCCUCCCCUCCCCACCAAGGGGACGAGCGUUUACUCGCAGACUAACGGGGAGGGCACGGUCAUGACGGUGGUCCUGCCCAAAAACAAGCACAAACCCAUGCAGACCACGCCCAAAGACCUGUCUGACCCGCCCGACAGGGGCGGGGCCGGGCGGCGGUUCCCUCCCUACUCCCCCGAGAGCGAGCGUGUGACUCUGUACUACCCUGCCCACGCCUCCGCCACCCUCCCCAGCAAGCUGCGCAGAGCAGGACCGCCUAGGGGCGGAGCCACAGCAGGCCCCGCCCUCCCCGACCCCGGCCCGCUGCGGUCCAACCGCAGCUGCUCGUUCGACAUGGGCGAGGUCGCCACGACGACCUGCUACGGCUACGGCAAGCGGCUGGGCAUGUGGACCAGGCAGAGCCCCUCGCUGCAAAGCAUGCUGGUCCCGUGCGGCUCGGCAACCAGCAUGGCCAGCGGCGACAGCGGCGCGCAUGCGCAGGAACACCAGCGCACCUACGACACCUGCGCCACAGGCCCCGCCCACAACGCCAACAACACCGCCAACGACGAGCUGGAGGAGAGCGUGGUGUAGGAGAGACGGAGAGGGAGAGGGAGAGAGGAGGAGGAGGAGGAGAGAGGGGGAGGGAGGAGGGAGGGAGGAGGAGAAGGAGAGACAAGGUGACAGAGGGAGGGAGAAGGAGAGAGGGAGAGGAGGGAUGUGUGAGGGGGAGGAAGAGAGAGAGAGCAGGAACAGAGAGGAACGACUGAAAGGAAUGAAGAAGGAAUAUGAAAUAAAGGACAGAGCGAGAGACUGAAGGAGAGAGGUGAGGAGACGGACUGUGCCAGGGGGGCGGAGCCAGAGGCAGUGAGGUCACGGGCACUACAGAAAACCUGGCUGGGCGGACGGCUUCGACAGGCUCAAUUAAGCAAUUAAACAACCCGCCUCGAACGACCCAGAACUGCGAGAAGCACAAACUGCAUGAGCCGCCAUCCACACGCAUGACAGAGCAGGAAGCGGCUCACAAACGAGCAGGAAGUGCGUUCACGCGUCAGCAACGGCAAACAAAAACCACCCGAAGGACAAAAAAAAAAAAAAAAAAAAAAAAAAAAAAAAACACCUUCGACAGCUCCAACUGGAUUCUCAUUGGGUUAGAUCUUCAGAGUGCUGUGAUUUUAAAGCUCGAACUGGAUUCUCAUUGGGUUAGAUCUUCAGAGUGCUGUGAUUUUAAAGCUCGAACUGGAUUCUCAUUGGGUUAGAUCUUCAGAGUGCUGUGAUUUUAAAGCUCGAACUGGAUUCUCAUUGGGUUAGAUCUUCAGCGUGGUGUGAUUUUGUCUUAUUGUCAUGACUGAAGCCCUGAUUAAGUGUGCAGUAUUAAUCAUAUUUGAUCUCUGACUCUCCAACACACAAAAAAAAAAAAAACCACCACCAUUAACCGUGAGCGUGAUGUUCUGGGUGUUUUGGCCAAUCUUACAUUUUCCACAGUAAAUAUCGUUGGGAUGAGUUAACAUUCUGUUAUCAGAAAUAAAAUGGUUUACUGUAAAAAAAAACUAUUAUAAUAAUAAAGUGUGCUGUAAAUAGUGACUGUCGUAGACUGCAGAACAGACCCAGAGUGAGAGAGAUUCU